CGGGGACCGCAGGUAGGGGCGGCGGGCCGGGGCGGCGGGCGGGCGCGGGGAUAGCUGGGCUGCGUCCUGCCCGGCGCCCGAGCUGGACGUGAGCCGACGGACACGCCGCCGGGACAGGCUUCAGCUCCUGCCUCUGUUGGUGCCGCGCUGCGACCGCCUCCAGGUCACCUUCUAAGAAUCAGGCGUCGGUGGAAGAAGCUCAAGAGACCGUGAGGCCUGAGUGGUGAACGUCGUCAUCAUGUCCACAGGAGUCCUGGAAGAUGCCCGGAGGGAGAGGUGGAGAGAAAGAUGUGGGCCCGGAAUCUCGAUGAGGACGGAGCUCGCAGAAGCCAUGGAGACGAGGCCCCAGGAGGGCAGGAAGGGGCCCCCGCCCAGGGACGUGCCCCCGGUGGUGGGACUGCUGCUGUCCAUGGCCCUCAUGAACGCCCUCCUCUACCUCUGCCUCGACCGGCUCUUCAUCUCGCCCCGGCGCUCCACGGAGGACCCCACGCGCUGUCCCCACGGCCACUUCAGGAUGGGGCCGAUGAGCAACUGCUCCCCGUGGCUGUCCUGCGAGCAGCUGAGGACAGAAGUGAGGCAGAUGAAGCGUGUCGGGGAAGGAGCCGUGAAGAGAGUGUUUCUGUCCGAGUGGAAGGAACGCAAGGUGGCUCUGUCGCGGCUCACCAGGCUGGAGGUAAGAGACGACUUCCUGCAUGGACUGCGGAUGCUGAAGUCGUUGCAGAGUGAGCACGUGGUCACGCUGCUGGGCUACUGUGAGGAUGACAAUAGCAUCCUCACCGAGUACCACCCCUUAGGCUCCCUGAGCAGCCUGGAGGCGACGCUGAACCUCUCCAAGUACCGGAGCACGAACACGUGGCAGCACAGGCUGCAGCUGGCCCUGGGCUACGUGGCCAUCAUCGACUUCCUGCACCGCAGCCCCCUGGGCACGCUGGUCAUGUGCGACUCCAGCGACCUGCCCAAGACGCUGUCCCAGUACCUGCUGACCGCCAACUUCAGCAUCGUGCUCAACGACCUGGACGCCCUGCCCCUGGUGAACCGCAGCACCGGGGCCCUGGUGAAGUGCGGCCACCGGGAGCUUCGCGGGGACUUCGUGGCCCCAGAGCAGCUGUGGCCCUACGGAGAGGACAUGCCUUUUCACGACGACCUCAUGCCCGCGUAUGACGAGAAGAUCGACAUCUGGAAGAUUCCAGAUGUCUCCAAUUUCCUUCUGGGGCACGUAGAAGGGAGCGACAUGGUCCGAUUCCACUUGUUUGAUAUUCACAAGGCGUGUAAGAGCCAGACGCCUGCAGAGAGACCCACCGCUCAGGACGUCCUGGACACUUACCAGAAGGUUUUGAAUCUACUCAGAGACACCGCGACGUCUCAGACAAGAGAGAUGCUGUAAAGACCAGUGCAGUCGGUGAGGUGCGGGAGUCAAGGAUCGGAUGGAAGAGUUACAGUGGUUCCGCUUUGACGGGGAGGUUUCUGCUGCUUUGCCCCGUGGUUCUUCCUCUCCAUCCGUGGGCACAAGUGAGCGGCUCCCUAUCCUGGCCGCCUGGCAGGAGUUACUAAGCCAGAGCAAACCGGGCUUGAUGGGAGCCUGGCUUCAGGCGAAGGUGCAGAGAAGCAGCGAGUCUGGCCAGUAUCUGGAGGAAGUAACAAAAAUGGAGCUACAAAGAGGCUUCCCUAACACCUAAAUGUAUACGCUUGUAAGAAAUGUGUGUAGAGAGGUUUUUAAAUUGCAGUGUACGGAAGAAACAAGCUGUAGUACUCGCUUUUUUAGGUGAGUAUUUGCGGUGUAUUUCACUGGUACUGAUGAGGCAUCUCUACCAUUUCAAAUGAUUGCUCUGUGAAGCUCCUGUGCCAUUCCCUUCCCAGCGAGCUUGCAUGCUCUUUGAAAUUUUGAAUGGAUAAGGAACAUUUAAAAUAUCAAGUAUGAUGGAGAUUAUAUCUAUGUUACUGCCUUGGAUGGUGCUUGUGAAAUUCCUAUUUACCUUCCAGCUGGAUUUUCUGUGUCCAAAAUUAAUGAUUGUGAACAUUUUAUAUCAACAGUAUCUGUCACUCAUUACCAGAAGGCGUCAAACCCUUGCACUUGACUCGCAUGAUUGAAUCCUUCAAAUAGCUCUUUCCUUGGUCACUGUCAUCCUCGCUUGCAGGGGAUGAUGGAUUUGGUGCAUAGCCAUCAUCACCAGUAAGGGGGUUAAAGCUGGCACUGAGGGGCAAAGAUGCCGUGCAGCUGACUGCCUGCCCCUGGCUUGCACAGGCCUCACAGUCACGGGAGUCACAGGGAGCUGGGCCCGACCCACAGGCUCUGACGCAGUCUGUCUGGGUGGAGUCCGAGACUUCGCAUUUCUCACUGGCUUCCAGGUGAUGCUGGUGCUGCCAGUCUGGGGACCACAUUUCGAGAACCACUGUCCUUAACUGUCAGGGAGGGCAGCCCAGGCAGUAGGAUAGGGAGUAUUGUCAGUAUUAUCCCUGUUCUACUGCUGUGGUUGAUCAGGCCCUGUGGGUCCUAUGGUUGGUCAGAGAAUACGCUUGCCCAGAGUAUAUUAACUGCUGCUUUUUGUUAUAAAAAUGCUGCCAGAACCCACUAGGACGUCUGUAAUCAAAAGGAUGGACAAUUACAAGUGUUGGUGAGGAUGUAGAGAACUGGAGCCAUCGUACACUGCUGGUGGGAAUGCCAAGUGUUCCAGCUGCCUUGGGAAACAGUCUGGCAGUUCCUCAAAAAGUUAAAAAUAGAGUUGCCAUGACCCAGCUGUUCCACUCCCCAGUAUUCACCUGAGAGAACUGAAAACAUGGCCAUAAAAGAACUUGUACAUGAAUGUUCAUAGCAGCAUUAUUCAUGAUAGACAAAAGAUGAAAAUAACCCAAAUGUCCAUCCACUGGUGAAUAGAUAAAGAAAACAAAGAAAAUGUGGUCCAUCCAUUCAAUGAGGUGUCGUUCAGCCACGAAAAGGAAGGAAGUACUGAUACAUGCUCCGACACGGAUGAAUAUGCUAAGUGAAGGAAGCUGUCACGAAAGACCACAUUUGUAUGAUUCCACUUAUAUGAAAUGCCCAGCAUCGACAAACCCAUAGACACAGAAAGUAAAUUAGUAGUUUCUAGAGGCUGGCAGGGGCUUGGGGCUGAAGAAUGGGGAGUGCUUGCUAAUGGGUACAGGGUUUCUCUGGGAGUGAUGAAAAUGUCCAGAAAUUAUGCAGUGGUGAUGGUUGCACAACUCUGAAUAUACUAAGUAACACUGAAUUGUACAAAAACGGAACAAGUCUAUGGUAUGUGAAUUAUAUCUCAAUAAAGCUGGAAACCCCCCACCUCUGCCACAAGACCAUGUACCGCUUAUGACCCUUUUCACUUGGCGUAGUAGUUACUCUGUGGAGUUGCUGAGUUGAAAUCACCCUGUUCGUGUUGUGACUCUGGUUUGAGGGUUUUCUUGGUUUGGGGACUUUGCAUUGGGAGCAAAACUUUGUUUCACAUGAAUUUGUUUUUAACUAUUGAUGGUAGAGCUCAAAUGGACAGCAUGGUGUAGGGGAGGGGACACGGGCAGGAUCAGGAGACCUGAGGUACAGCCCCAGCUCUGCCUCUGACUCCUGUGUGGCCUCAGACAAACCCAUUUCUGAAUGAGAGAGCUGGUGAGAGGCAUUUCCAACUUCUGCUCUGCCUCUGAGUUCUCCCUGAUGCUUUAUCAUGCCAGUGCCAGACACCAAACUGGACCUGGCCCUUCAGGUUCAAUUUUCAGUACCAACAGAACUGCAAAAUCAUAAGAGGAACUUACAUUCUCACUAAAACCUAGGUGAGUUCAUUGCCCACAUAUUCAGCAAAAGUAUAAUCAGGAGAAAAGGCAGAUGAGGUGAGCCAUUCUCAAAGCACAGCCCAGGAUUUAGUGGUCUCUCUGCUAACCUUAUUCCAAGUAUUUUUUUAAAAAAGUCACCAUGGGGACAUCACUGGAGGUCCAGUGGUUAAGACUCUGCACUUCCACUGCAGGGGGCAAGAGUUUGAUCCCUGGUCAGGAAACUAAGAUCCCGCAUGCCGUGUGGCGCGGCCAAAAAAAUAUAUAUAUAUCAUCACUACCAUGUGGUUUAUAGUGUGCUUUCUGUUUAUCUCAUGUGAUGCUACAAACACUCCAAGCUUCUGAGAGCUUCCAGGGAUUGUAAAUUGUUCAGCAGAGACAGGACACAUGAGUGUUCUUAAAACGAGGCACAUGAGGUGGGAGUGGGGUGGAAAGCUUAUCUGAUACAGGACGUGUUAAAAACGUCCUCUAUGUAGCCACCCUUCCCCCCAUUAUUUUAAAAAUAAAUGUCGCUCAGUUUCAGUUAUC